GUGUAAAACGAGGACAGUAAAAGUUUUGAGCAGUAACUUCCCCUGCAAAAAAUCUAUAAAUAGCCUCAGGUUCCCUGCAUAUUCACAACAACUCAGAUCUCCUGUAUUCUCACUGUGUAAAUGGCGAUUUCGAAUAUCGGAUCAAGGCUAUUGUUUUUGGCAGUUGCGGCGGCAUGUCUCGCAAGUAGCAUUUGCAAUGCUCGAGACAAGGUGCUGCUCAUGCCAUCAGAAAAAAUUGAAGAAAAGUUCACAUUCUACCCGUUGCUCCCAUUCGAUACGGCUCAGGCCACCCAAAAAAGGUACUCGAGAUUCAUCAACAAUGUGCGAGAGGAACUCGUAAGCGGAGACACGGUCCAUGGCAUACCCAGACUCUACAAUCCAGUCAAAUUGGAAGAAUCUGAUCGUUAUCUUUAUGUGGCACUCUUUAAUUCCGAUGAGAAGCGCAUCACUCUGGCAAUAGAUAAAUCUGAUGUUUAUGUCAUCGGUUACCGAACUGAAUACGAGGCUUGCUUCUUUUCGGAUACUGAUGUCGAAGACACAUCGAACGUGUUUCCAGGCAUUACGCGUCACCCGCUUCCAUUCGAAACUGGAUACUGGCCUAUGGAGCAAAUAGCAGGGUCCAGGAGGAAUAUAAGUUUGGGGAUGUCUGAAUUGGAUAAAUGCAUCAAGCAUUUGCACGAUCUUACGGAUGAGUCCUCUUUGGCUCGGUGCAUGAUAAUUACCCUUCAGAUGGUUGCAGAGGCCAUCCGCUACAGAUAUGUGGAGAACCUUGUGGCCGAACAGAUUAGCGAGACCUACCUCCCAACAGACGCCAUGAUCACCUUCGAAGAAAAUUGGAAAGAUCUCUCAGCUAGUAUCCAAGAAUCCGUUGGUGGUGUGAUUUCCCCUCCACUGGUGUUAUCCAAUGCCUCGAACCAGGAAGUGACCAUAACCUCAAUCACUCCAACUUUAGGCCGAAACAUUGCUCUUGUUCUUUACGUAUGCGAUUCUUGUACUAACGUCCGAGAGCCUACUGUCCGUCUCAUUGGGCGCAACGGCCUCUGUGCUGAUGUGCAGGACGGAUUCUACGACGACGGAAACCCAGUCAUCCUGUGGCCGUGUAAAUCCACCAAUUACGCCAAUCAACUCUGGACUCUGAUGGAAGACGGCACAAUCCAGUCCCAAGGAAAGUGCUUGACUGCAUACCGUCUCGAAAUUCAACAAUACGUGAUGAUCCAUAACUGCAGCACCGCGCCAGAGUAUUCAAGUAAUCUGUGGACAAUAGAGGACAAUGGUAACAUCAUCAACAAAGAUUCUAAGUUAGCUUUAAGUGCCUUCACAGGGUACAGCUGGAGUUUAUUGACUCUCGAACAAAAAUCAUAUUCGUCAAGCCAGGGCUGGAGCUUAACGAACACCACAGAGCCCGUAGUGACCGCUAUUUAUAGCUACAAAAGUACUUGUAUGGUAGCAUCUGGCAACAACACUGUCCAAGUGAGCAGCUGCACUGAUCAAAGUGUUCAGCAAUGGGCAUUGUACUCCGAUGGUACUGUCCGACCAAGUAUGUCGACUACAAAUUGCAUCAAAUCGAAAUCUUCUUCGGACGGUAAAGUCCUGGUUCAUGAUGUGUGCGAUGGAGGUGAUACUGAACGUUGGUUAUUUAAUCAUGAUCGCAGUGUUUCAGAUGUGAACAAUAAAUACGUUUGGGAAGUGAAUAAAGAUAACAAGAUAUCGGUUGUCAAGCGAUCCACGGAUACACCCACAACGAAACAGAUCUUCGAUAUAAAGUUUGUGUGAGCUUUAAGUCCUACAAGUUCUCAAGACCAGUCCACCUGUGGAUAUCUGUAAUAAAUAUUGCGAGUGAUAGUAAUCACAUGUAAGAAAUAAAUAUGGUCUUGAAUGGUUGAGCUUUUUCAUUAUUGCUCUCGUUUAGUUUA